GGGCGAUGGCGGCCGCCGGGUCGGGUGCGCGGAAGCCCGGCUCCCCGCGGGACUCGGAGGCGGAGGUCUGGUCCCGCCGCGUGAGGGAGCUCGUCGGCUCCCAGCCCGCCAACCGGCUCUGCUUCGAGUGCGGCCAGCGCGGCGUCACCUACGUCGACAUCACCAUCGGCAGCUUCGUCUGCACCGGCUGCUCGGGGGCGCUCCGUGGCUUGAAUCCCCCUCACCGAGUCAAAUCUAUCUCCAUGACAACCUUCACCGAGAGUGAGGUACAGUUCCUCCAGUCCCGUGGGAACCAGGCCUGUCGAAAGAUCUGGCUGGGCUCUUUCGACUCGCGGACGUCUCUGCUUCCGGAUUCCCAGGACCCUCAGAAGCUGAAGGAGUUUCUGCAGGAGAAAUAUGAGAAGAAGCGAUGGUACGUCACGCCGGAGCAAAGCAAAGGCUUAGCUUCUCUGGCUACCCAGAGCUCCACCACAGAGGUUAAGACGCUGCUGGGGGAUUCGGGGCCAGUGGCUACAGCAGUCAAGCCUGCCCAGUCUGUGGACAAGACCCAACCGCAAGGCCCUCAGCCACUUAAGAAAGCCAGCAUGGACCUCCUCGCCGACAUUGGGGGAGACCCCUUUGCUGCCCCUCAGUCUGGACCGGCUUUUACCGCCUUCCCUGCCUUUGGGGGCCAGGUUUCAGCCCACGCCACUUUCACCAGUUUUGAUGCCUUUGGCGGAAGCCCUGCAGCGUCAGCCUUUGGAGACCCGUUAUCCUCCAGCCAGAGCCCUUUCCAGAGCCAGCAGAUGGCAGCAGGGGGCACCCACAUGGGCGGAUUCCCUGCAUCUCCUGCCAGCCAGCCCGGAGUGAGCAUUCCAGAAAUGAGUGGAGCUUUCAGAGUGGGAGGAGUCCCAAGCAGUGUCUUCGGUGCCCUGAGCCAGUCACCACUUCUGCCUCCACCCAGCCCAGCUGCAGCCUACGGGGCCUGCACCAACCCCUUCGCGACAUCUGCCAUCUCCCAGCCCACACUACCUUCAACUAACCCUUUCCAAACCAACGGCUUGGCCCCAGGCACCUUCAUGGUGGGGUCCCCCGGCAGCUUCUCCGCCUCCCCCCUUUCUGGCAUCUUUGCUUCUCCCUUGCAGCAGCAGCAACAGUUUCACCCACAGGCAUUGGUGGGGCAACAGCAGAAUGGUGGUUCCCCCUUCGGUGCAUUUCCUAUAACCAAAGCUGGACAGAGGCCCCUCGGACAGCCAGCGGGCAUUUCAACCAACCCAUUUGUGACACCGAUGACCACGGCGCCACCCGUCCCCUUCGUUCUGGGAAAGCACCCUCCCACGAAUCCUUUCUUAUAGCACUGGC